CAAGGCUUUCAAGCAAAAGUCUUUUGAGUUGCCAGUUGAGCAGAGAGAGACCUAGUAAUUACAGAUGGAUAUCCCAACGUUUAAUUCUUCUUGCUCUCUCUUCCUGUUGAUAUGAAACUGGAUUUGUCCACAGUUCCCAAUAGCAUCUCCAACUAUACCUUCUUUUUGUUUUUCAGUUACUAAACUGUGGAAAAAACUGUGUAAACUGUGGAAUGGACUUUUGCGUAGGAGUGAAAAAAGACGAUGGAUCCAGACUUUUUAAAUGUGUUUACACAGCCUGCCGCACUCAAUCAAUUCCUGGAUGAGAUUGUUGUUGGUCAAGGUAAGAAGAAGAAACUCAUAAAAUUGACCUCAAUCAACAAUCCUAAAUUGGAAGAAUUAAAACUGUUAUCGAUUGACUGGAUUAAGACAACUCUGAAAGAGGUACACAUAGUUGUUAAAAGUCUGGAAGAAGAUCUUAAUGGGCUGGUACUUAAUCAUCUUUUGGAAAAACUAGAAUCUCUCAAGCUGGAUCUUGACAAGAUUGCAUUAACAGAAAAAAACCAGCAAUAGAAACUCUCCGUGAUUCUGGAAGCUGUGGUUAAGUGUUUGCAACUGGAGGAAAGCCAGCUGAAAUGGAGGAAUGUACCUAUUUUGACAAAGGACUUACUGAGCACACUCCAUCUUCUGGGUGCAAUAGCAAAGCACUUCACACCCAACCUGGCCAUGCUUCCAAAUGUUCAAGUGGAAACAAUCGCCAUUGAGUUUGCAGAUGGAGUUAUCUUACUUCUGCUAAUUGGACAACUGGAGGGUUACUUUCUGAAUUUAAGGAAUUUCCUCCUGACUCAAGCCAGCAGCAUGGAGAUGAUAUUGAAUGGGGACAUGAAGACUACAAUGCAGAUUCUGUAUUGCUUGUAUUCCAAAUACAAGACCAAAGAAACAUGAAAAGCAAGGACAAGAGCUUGGGUGCUAUUUUUUGGGGUUUGGGGUUUUUUUUUGCCUUAGCAUGUCAUGGUUUGAUUUUUUGAUUCUCAGCUCCGUUUCUGUUUGCCACUGUUUAUACACGUGCACUUGUAUUUGACACUUGCUGUACGAACAUUGUAUAUGCAAGUACGUAUUCAUGCAAAGUUUCACAUAUACUGAUUGAAUAACUGUAAGUAUAUGUGUGUCCAGGACCUUAAAAUUAUGUUAGGAUUGCAUUUCAUAAAGCUUAAUUUUUUAAAAAAAGAUAUUUUGAUAUUAUUUUGGCCUCCAUCUAAACUGAUUUAAUUUCCUGUUGUUGGUGACUCUGACAUUUGAUCUCUGAUCUGAUCCUCUAUCUGUGUGUUAAGGGGAAACUAAAGUUUGCUAUUAUGAGUGCUGACGUUUACAGAUGAGAAUUUGUUGAGUCUGCUUCUGGAUCCACAGUCUAAGAAAGAUCCUUAGAUAGCAAUGCUAUUAAUCCUUUGAGUCCUGCCAUUGGAAAUGGUAAUACUGCAUACCUGCUGGAAGAUGUUCUGCAAAUUACCCUGAGCCUAAUCCUUUUUGUACCAAUAAUUACCUUGCUAUGUUUUUACAGAGAAAAGUCUGACGUGUGGUGUCAGUGAGCUACAAGAUGAUCUUGCUUCCCUUGGAAAUAUUAGUUGUGUGUACUGCUUCGAAGGAUUUAAGUCAGAAAUACUUGCUUUUUUUUUUCACGUGCGAGUAUCCCCUGGGUACCUGCCUUACUACUUAAUGGGCUUCAACCAAUUGACUGAGAGACCUGAGAAAUUUCUUGCUUCCCAGACCCCUGCUGCCAUUGCUGUAACAUGACAAGCAGGCUGUAGACUAAAUCAUUAUUGAGCAGAUAAAACCGUGAUGUGGCUUGUGGAGAGCAGGGGGACAGUAAGGCAUUUGUAGGUGUUACGAUGGCAGUGUGGCCUUUGCCAAUGGGGAAGCCAACAUGAAUCUCAUCCCUGGUGCUGGUGACCAGAAGUAAUUUCCAGUGUGUGGCUUUAGGCAUAACCUGCAGACUAUGAAAGAGUAGGUGGUGGUGGAACCAGAAAUUGCUGCCCUGGUCAGAUGGUUAUUACUGCUCAAGGAAACAGGUGGAAUUUUCUCUGCAUGGUCUAAAUUUUGUGGUCUACUCCUCUGGCAUAAGUAAAUCCGGUGUUUGUACUCCUGCAGACUCCUGGCAGGGGAACUCUAGUUCUUGGUAUUUAAUAAAUGAAAGGAUCAUAUUCCACCAUAUUAACACCAGCUUGCCUAAACCUGAUAUGAACAAGUCAUUUGUUUGAAAACAUACAGGGGGAAAAAAUGACAGCUAAUGUGCUUGAAUCAAAAAUACAGCGAGAUAAAAAAUGAAUGUUUUCACCUGUAUUUUUUUUAUGCAACAAGCCAAUAUAUAAGACACCUGAUGUCUCUGAACACCUUGUUAAAGAGGUGCUGUUUGAUUCCUAAAACCUGCUGCAGAAUUUUACUAAUCCAUCAUACAGGAACCCACUCCAUAAAUCGGUGUAGAGUAUACAAGUGCACUAUUUACAUUUGAGAUCUAGUCACAGACUUGGCAUAGUUUGAAUGGUAAAUAUAAAAUGACAGAGCUAAAAUGAAUAUUUUGACAGUAUGACACUAGGGAUAAAAGAAAUGUAUAUUAUUGUUCUUAGAUGUUACUUUUGCCUUACAUCAAGGUAACCUGUUCCCCUUUCCUCUUAUAAAUGUAAGUUAAAGAAAACCAAAGCCACUUACUCUUUGAGCUGGCAAAUGGACUAUGAUAUUUUGAAUAAACUAAGCUCUCUCUAUGCAAGCCUGUUCAUUGACCCAUACGUAAGUUCACAAUUUUCAUGAUUACAUCCUAGACAGUAAGUUCUUUGUGAUGAAAAAGCAUGGUGGACUGUUAAGAUGCUGUGAUUUUUUUUAUCUUGCUGUGUAGCUAGGUAUGCAAGUUUACCUGCAGUGAUUGUUCAGUUCUCCAAAAGAGUCAUUGACUGACUGUGUCUUACUCUCUUUCCAAGGAACAACAUGCAGACUCUUUAUCUUUUAAAUAACUGGUAAAUGGUCCAAGAAUUUCUGAGACAGAGGAGA